CCGAGCAAAAGAGACUUUAUGUGAGGACAGACUGCUGAAGUGCUACCAGAGCUGCGAUGAACAAUAUUCUAUUAACAAGUGACUCCGUCGCGAGGAGACUAAAGAGAACCAUGGCUGGAGGUAAAGCAACAUCUGUGCACAAAGUUUUGAUUCAUCUCUGGUUCAUUUUGGUCAGUGUUGAAGGAUGGACAUAUCAUUGGACAAAGGACGAGACAAUGUCAUGGAAUGAGACGAGAGAAUGGUGUAAAAAUCGUUACACAGACAUUGUGAUGGUCCACAAUGAAAAUGUAACUAAUUUUCUUAAAAAAUCUAUGGAAACGAUAACAUCUCCCUACUACUGGAUUGGACUGAAAAAGAACGAACACACUUGGAUUUGGGUUGCCAAUGGACAAACUGUGAAAUAUCUAAACUGGGCACCCAACGAGCCCAACAACAAGUCUGAUGAAAAAUGUGUGGAAUUAUAUAUCACCAAAGAAACACAUAGUGGACAGUGGAACGAUGAAAACUGUCAAUCGAGAAAGCAUCCUUUAUGCCAAAAAGCACACUGUCUAAAUGACACAUGCACUGAUAGAGAAGACUGCAUAGAGGAAGUCAACAACUUUACAUGUGUGUGCAAACCAGGUUUCUCUGGGCCAAAGUGUGAAACAGUCGUUUCAUGUGAUCCGCUCUCUGUACCACUACAUGGCAGGAUGAAUUGCUCCGGUCUGUUUGGGAAUCAUUCCCUCAACUCAAGCUGUACAUUUUCUUGUGCUGGUGAUUAUAAACUGGAGGGUACAGCUGAGCUCAUAUGCAGUUCCUCCGGUUCAUGGAAUGCGCCGCCACCUUCAUGUGCAGCGGAGUGUUUUCCUGUUCUCAUGUUUGGUGGUGGAUUGAUGAACUGCACUGAAGGACAUGACAGUAAAAGAUCUGCCUGUAGCGUACAGUGUCCACCUGGACAUGUGCUGCUAGGUUUUGUUGAGUUCACCUGCAGAGCUGAUGGCACAUGGGAGUCUUCAUUUCCACUAAUGUGUGCAAGUUAUGUCCAUUUUCUGUUUGCUCUUUUGGUAUCUGUUGUCAUCUCAGUGUUUUGUGGCUGUUUAUUUUGUUGGUCCAAGUGCAGUCAGAGUAAAAGUGCAGUAAGAUUAAGAACUCCACAAGAAACGGUGAAUCAAGCCUAUGGAACAGAACACGCACCACUAGAGGGCCCUCUCUGUUCAGAAUAAACAUUUCUUUUCUGCCUUUCUUGACUCGAAUCUCCUGUUCAUUCUUUUUUUUUUAAUUCUGGCUUUGCUUGUAAAAAUCUGAAAUAGCUAGUAUAUGAAGUAAAUCAUCUCUUUGUUAUCUUUGCUCAGAAAUAUUAUAUGUUGUUCAUUGUUACUGUACAACAAUAAUUUAAACAUUGUGA